AGAAAAGGAUAUGGGAAUUUAUUGAUUGAGUUUAGUUACCUGUUAUCGAAAAAAGAAAAUAAAACCGGAUCUCCCGAAAAACCUCUAUCUGAUCUUGGAUUACUCAGUUAUCGCUACUAUUGGAGAAAUGUACUUUUUGAAGAGUUAAAUCAAUCCCGAGAGACUCUGAGUAUUCAAGAGCUAAGUCAUAAGACAAGUAUGACCGUCGAUGAUAUUAUUGCCACCCUCCAAAUCAAUAACAUGAUCGAGAAGGAUAAGAGUAGUGGCGCAUAUUGCAUAAUUGUGAAAACCGAUGUUAUCGAAGAUCAUUUGCAAAAAGUAACUGCAAAGGGCUACCCAAGAAUCAAACCCGAAAAUCUUCGAUGGACACCCUUCAUCUUAACCAGAGCCCUAGGUUUACGGACGAGUGAUGAUCAAGAUGAAGUGGACGGAGUCGACGGUCAUGUUCUUGCGAACAGUCGAGAUGACAAUGAAGAGAGUAUGAAAUGGGAGUAG